UUCACUAAACACACACACACACACACACACACUUCCCUUCUUUCUCUCUCCAGAAAUCAACAAAAAAAACCUCUUUCUCUAACUCUACAAUACAAUCACACACAUCUCCUAGAGAGAGAGAGAGAGUGAGAGCGAGAGAGGUGUUUUUUAGUUUUCGGGUUUUAUAUAUUUGUGUUUUGUUUUGUUUGCUUAUGGUCUCACUUGACAGCUCACAGUCUACAUUAUUCUUCUUCUUCUUCUCAUUAUUAUUCACCAGAUCAAAUCUAAGGUUGUUUGAGCUGGAUGGAUGACACUCAAUAAAGGAGCCAACUAUUGUUAUAGAUUUGACCUGUUCAGCUUAAAACUUUGAUGUCUGCUGCUAUACGGCGUAAUCAACCAGAUAACCAUAUGUUACAAGCAAAGCAUUCUGGAGCUUGGUCUAUCAGAUGAUUUAUAGCUGCUAUAUUAUGCUUGAUCAGUUCUGUCAUGGCCAUCUAUCCAAUGAGAUGUCUACGGCCCUGGCUUCUUUACAUUCUACUGCUAUAUAUUCUCAUAAACAAAAGUGGAGCUAUCAGUCCUGAUGGUGAAGCACUUUGGAGCUUCAGGAAUGCAAUUGUCAGCUCAGAUGGUAUUCUUCCUUUGUGGAGGCCAGAGGAUGCUGAUCCAUGUAAUUGGAGGGGAGUGACAUGUGAUCUGAAAACCAAGAGAGUAAUAUAUUUGAGUCUGAAGAACCAUAAAUUAAGUGGACCCAUAUCACCUGACCUUGGGAAGUUAGCGCACUUGAAAAUUCUAGCUCUAUACAACAACAGCUUCUAUGGAACAAUUCCUUCAGAGUUGGGAAAUUGCACAGAGUUGCAGGGAAUAUUCUUGCAAGGCAACUACUUAAGUGGACCAAUUCCAAGCGAAAUGGGAAACCUAACUGCACUUCAAAAUCUGGAUAUCUCAAGUAACUCUCUCAGCGGUUCAAUCCCUGCAUCUCUUGGAAGGUUAAAUAAACUCAUAACUUUCAAUGUGUCGAACAAUUUUCUGGUCGGGCCGAUACCAUCUGAUGGUGUGCUCAUCAACUUUGCAGAUAACUCGUUCACUGGAAAUCGUGAUUUGUGUGGAAAGCAGAUUGAAAGAACUUGCAAAGAUGACAGUGGAGGGCCCAGAACUGAUGGGCAGUCUCCUUCAGGCCAAAAUCAAGGAGGAAAGAAAAAAUAUUCUGGUGGAUUGCUUAUAAGCACUUCAGCAACCAUUGGUGCACUGCUUCUUGUGGCACUAAUGUGUUUUUGGGGAUGCUUUCUAUAUAAGAAGUUUGGUAAAAAUGGAAGUAACAGUAUUGCAAUGGAUGUUAGUGGAGGUGCAUCGAUCAUAAUGUUUCAUGGGGACUUGCCAUACUCUUCAAAAGACAUCAUAAAAAAAUUAGAGACUUUGACUGAGGAACAUGUCAUAGGCUCUGGAGGUUUUGGAACUGUGUACAAGCUUGAAAUGGAUGAUGGCAGUAUAUUUGCCUUGAAGAGAAUUGUAAAGAUGGAUGAGGGUUUUAAUCGUUUCUUUGAGAGGGAGCUUGAAAUUCUUGGAAGCAUAAAACACCGCUACCUUGUUAAUUUACGAGGUUAUUGCAAUUCUCCCACGUCAAAAUUGUUGAUAUAUGAUUUCCUAUCUGGUGGCAGCCUUGACGAAGCACUCCAUGAAAGAUCUGAGCAACUGGAUUGGGAUGCACGGCUGACCGUUAUUUUGGGGGCCGCAAAAGGACUGGCCUACUUGCAUCAUGAUUGUUCCCCUAGGAUCAUCCACCGUGACAUAAAGUCAAGCAACAUUUUGCUUGAUGGCAACUUGGAGGCUCGAGUGACUGAUUUUGGACUUGCCAAAUUGUUAGGUGAUGAAGAAUCACAUAUUACUACAAUUGUUGCUGGAACAUUUGGUUAUCUAGCUCCUGAAUACAUGCAAAGUGGCAGGGCAACUGAAAAGACUGAUGUUUAUAGUUUUGGGGUCCUGGUGCUUGAAGUGUUAAGUGGAAAGCGGCCAACAGAUGCAUCAUACAUCGAGAAGGGCCUGAAUAUUGUUGGUUGGUUAAAUUUUUUAAUCACGGAGAAUAGACCACGAGAAAUUGUUGAUCCUAACUGUGAGGGGGUGCAGGUAGAAAGCCUUGAUGCCCUGCUUUCAGUUGCCACCCAAUGUGUUUCUUCGAGCCCAGAGGAUAGACCCACCAUGCACAGGGUGGUUCAAGUACUUGAAUCUGAGGUCAUGACCCCAUGCCCAAGUGACUUUUAUGAUUCCAACUCUGAUUGAAACCCUUUUAGUGACAGUGAAGACAUGUUUGAGUUCACAUCCAUUACUGGAGCUUCUGGGAAAAAUAAAGAAGUAAUGCACAAGCAUGAAGAGGGCUUAGAAUCUGCGGCGGUUUUGUAUCUUCAUUUUAUUCGUUCAUUUUUUCUGCAGAAGUAUCACAACUCACUAAUAGAGGAACACACGAUUUCAUCUGGUUCUCUUGGUACCAAAUUGAUUACUCAUCGGCUGGAAUUUUCAUGUCCUCAUCUUGCAUGGGUGUGCAAAAAGACUUGUCUCUAUGACAAUGGAGUAUCGACUUGUGGUAUGGGCCAGUUAUUCAUCAGAAGUUGUAUUUCUUUUUUUUGGCCCUCUCCUUUUCCCUUCUCAUGUUGUAGUCCCCAUCUAGCAUUUGUUCACCCAAAUUUCAAGUGUAUAUGAAAUUUGUAUAAAAUUGAGAACAUCAUCUUGCUUUUGCAAAAAGGAUUCAUGUUUUCACCAUUUUUGUAAAAUAUGUUUCAUUGCAAUAAUAAUCAAUCAGUUCCUCGAGUGAA